UGGCGGUAAUUUCAAUUAGAGGUCAGACGCAAUAACCAGAAGAAGAAGAAUUUGAACGUGCACCGCUGUUAUUGUCAUGUGUACUUUAGCACACAGAUGAUGUUUUCCUCCUUGGACUACGAGUAAUGAAACUCCUACAUCUGCCAUGCGUCUGUGUAAUACUUAUGCCAUAUAUUCAGUAAUACUGAAACUCAUUAGCCUAAUAUGCUGUAAAGCAUGCAACCCUGCUGAGUAUGAAACUGAUGGAGAAUGCUGUCCAAUGUGUCCUCCUGGUCAACGUGUGUCAAAACACUGCGACAAUAAUUCAGGAACACAGUGUAAAGUGUGUGUUGGAUCAACCUACACUGAUUUCCCGAACGGACUGAUGGCAUGCCUGACCUGCACUGUGUGUGAUGAAGGUAAUGGAUUAAGGGUAAAGCGUAAGUGUAUAUACAAUUCAAAUGCGCACUGUGAGCCUUUGCCAGGAUAUUAUUGUACAGAAACUCAUGGUGAGAGCUGCAGAAAAGCCCAUGAACACUCCACCUGCCUUCCUGGACAAUACAUUUACCAGAAAGGAACAGCAUUAACAGAUACAGUAUGUAAGGACUGUGCUGAGGAGACGUAUUCAAAUGGUUCUUUUAUACAUUGUGAACCACAUACAAAUUGUGAGUCUUUGGGGCAGAUAACAAUCACACCAGGAACACAAUCAACUGAUGCAGUAUGCAGCCAUAAAUCAUUUCAUUUGGGCCUCAUCAUUGGGAUUUUGUUGUCCUUGUUGUUGUUGAUUGUCAUCUUAAGUGUUCUAUUAUGGAAGAAAAGGAAAAAUUCAACAUGCUGUAUAAAUCAUUUUUUCUGAAAAGAAUUAUCUACAUAGUUCGAAUUACGGGGGGUACUGGGGGGUACUAUACCCCCCCAAAGAGACAAAAAUAUAAGUUUUGGGGGGGUCCGAUAUUUUUUCUGAUAUUGUGAAAAGGAAUAUAUAAUUCAAACCAACUCCCAUUCGGCAUUCUUAUUGUAGGAACAUUUUAAUGUAAAUCGAUUUCAGACAGACACCCUUAUUGUGGACCGUACCAUUUUUAGUCACCGCAGCGCUAGAACGCACUAGAAGCAACAGCUUCUCGUCCACACCGUAGUCCAUGGGUUUGCAGCAAUUUAUACAGCCUAUGGUUUGCAGCAGAAGACGUGCAUUGGUAAUGUUAGUUGCUAACCAACUUUUAGCCUGCUGAAAAUGUGUUAUUUUACAACUUUCAUUUAUUAAAGUGAUUCUUCUUUCAGCUCAUGUCACGUCUUUAUAUGUUGAAUUACUUACCCACUGAGGCCAGAAGGCUACUGUGGACGGACGUUAACGUUAGUUACCAAUGUUAGUUAGCAAGAUAAGCUAAGUCUCUAUUUAAAUCAAGCUUAUUACAGUGUGGUAUAGAAACGAUUCUCAUUUCAAAGGAGAAGAACUCCAUAUGUUUCCAUUCUCAUUUUAUCAUGAAUAAAUUGUGCCCUUCUGAAAUUCAUUUGGCACAUAGGCCCAUCCUGUGUGUGUGAUUAGGCACAAGAAGUUCUGACGUAGGCCUAGCUAAGCCUAUGUAAAAUUACAAUCACAACCUCUGGGGACUGGGGGCAACAUAAAAAGAGCCAGGUAGUAGGCUAGCCUAGGCAAAAUAGCCUAGUACAUAUGCUAGUAUUUGAAUUUGUUUUCUAUUGUUUUUACUUGCAUUCCUUUUGUAUUAUUUUUAAGAUAUUCAUAGUUUCAUCUGAGUACCCUGUUUGAUUUUAUUCACAGAGACAGUAGGCCAAACAUGAGGAAAAGAAAAGGGCCAGACAUCAGGCAUUUUUUUGGUGCUAAAAGAGUAAGUAGUAAAUAUUAGCACUAAGAUCUACAGACAAUUACAGUACAAGUGUAGGUGCAGUUAGGUUUUAUACACUGUUCACGUGAAUAAAGAAAAUGGGUUCCCAGCAGACAGGAGAGGCACAGCAGGACGAAAGAGAGCAAGAUAUUCAGCAGGACUGUUCUGCAUGUGUGUAUAUACUGUAUGUGACUCAUUUGUAGUGUUGAUACCCAGUUUGUUCUGACAGAGAAGGUUAUCAGGUUGUACUGCUGUUUUUCUUCUGUGGUAGUACUGUAUGGUUUGUCAUGCUUCUUAAUGACAUUAAAAAUUAUUGUUCAGUGUUAUUGUGUUGAGUUACUGACACCGACUUCCAGAGACGGGACGGGACUGGGGGGGGGCGAUUGAUAUGAUAGUGGACCAUGAUGGUACCCCCCAAUUAUGGUGGGGUAAUUUGCACUCUGCUGUAAUUGUCUGUAGAUCUU